AUGGCGCAGCCGCCGUCGUCGUCCCCCUCGCCGUGGGUCAUCCUGGGCAGCAUCCCACGCGUCUCCGCGCUGGCGGACGGCGGCGACGCCUCCGUGGCGCUCACGGCGCCGCCGCGCGCCUCGAUCCUCACCGUCUCCCCGCGCGUCUUCCCGGAGCCCCCCACGCCCCACUACUUCCCCUUCGUCCUCACCGCCGACCCCUCCGGCCUUCUCCUCCUCCAAGCCAACCUGCGCCGCGACCCGACCCAACAAGUCAUCGACCGCCCCGGCUGCCAGUCCGUCAGCUGGAAAUUCAACCACCCGCGCUACUUCGUGAUCGACGCCACCGCCGCCACGGCAUUCCACCUCCCCGACCCCGAGGGCACCACCAUCCAGCACCAGGCCCUCCUCGGCCUCCUCGCCUCCCCCGGCGGCGGCGGCCACUACAUGGUCGCCGAGCUCCGGCCCAUCAUCGGCUGCGACCACGCCACGCUCCUCUGCUUCUCCACGGAGGUCGGGGAGUGGGUGGCGAAGCGCGUCCGCUACCCGCUGCCGCCGCGGCCGCUGGUCCCCAUCUGCGUGGUCUCGUACCACGGGAGGCUCUGGUGGGUCGACCUCACAUGGGGAGUCAUCACCUGCGACCCCUUCGCCGACGAGCCGGUCCUGGGCUUCGUCCCGCUCCCGCCGGAGAAGGUGCUCGGGUGCAGGGAGGCUUGGGGCGUCGCCGACAAGUACCGCUACGUGGGGGUGAGCGGCGGCAAGCUGCGUUUCGUCGACAUGUACAUGGGUAAGCGUUCCCGUGCUCGUGCUCGUGGCGGCGGCGCUCGCACGCCCACGGUGAGCGUGUGGACGCUGGCCGAUCCACACUCCAGGGAGUGGACGCUGGGGCAAGAGGCGAGCUUUGCAGAGAUCUGGGCCGAUGAGAGCUACAAGGCGGCCGGGCUGCCCAAGAAGAUCCCCACGCUCGCGCUCAUCCACCCCGAGAACCCCGACGUGGUCUACUUCUUCCUCAAGGAGCACCUCUUUGGCGUUGACGUGCGUGCUCGCAAGGUCGUGGAGUGCCAGGUCUAUGGUCUCGUUGCGCCGCCGAGCAUCUGCAUGGCCAGCCGCUUCGUUCGGGCUUGGGAGCUGCCACGGGCGCUCUCCUCAGGGGAGUGGUGUAAUGGCAUGGACUUGGCUGAGAGCGCUAAUGCACGCCCGUACACGCCAUCGCCAGGGGAUUACCACUUGCUGGGAAAUACCAGGCAGACAUUCAUCGGAUGAAUUGGAGGAACAUGAAGCAGAUGCAGUGCUGAAUCAAGUUUUGGAAUGGUGCGUCCUGGUAUCAUCGACCAUGCAUGGAUGCUUUUGGCGUCUUCGCGCGAAGUAGCUUACCGUUGUUGUCUCUCGGUGCAUCAGACGGUGAUUCGAAAUGCUGCGGAAAAACUUCCUGUUGCUUAGUUUUGUAUCUCGGUUGGGAUGGAACUUGUACUGGAAGUAUGACUUUGGUGCGCCAUCGAUGGUUCCGGUGGUCGAUCACUUGAACCGGGAAGCUGGGAAUCUCUUCGGUGAUCGGUUGCUGUUUAAUUCGUCUUCGUGCA